UGAACCCAAGCGGCAACCGCCCACACCCAAAACCCAUAUACCUCCGCCUGUUUGCGACGGUUUCGUCGUGGCAGUGGUUGUGGUCGUCUGCUUAUUUCAGUCUUCUUCCCACGCAGCGUGAAUGGUACGAUCAUACAGCAGAAUCUAAUCACUUGUAUUGGAAUCGGAAUCAGCUGCCCACCCCAAAAUACGCAUUGGCGUGUGAGGAGUAGAAACGGGAAAGUUCAAGAAAGAACACUUCGGAACUGAAAGAAAUGGCGGCAGAGAUGACUGACGGAAUCGAGAAAUUUGCUGAUAAUACUGACGCCCAAGUACCGUCAAACCCUUCGAUUCCGUCUGGUGAUCAGACUGUUUGGGCUGACGUUUCUCCUCUUCUCCAACUCGCCUCCCAAGAUCUUCAUGAUGGGGAGCUAAUACAUGGAGAAAAUUUUAAUCUUUUUGCAGCCAUGUCAGCCUUGGAGAUUAUGGACCCAAAGAUGGAUUCAGGCAUCGUUUCUACUUAUUGUUCUGUCGAUGAAGCCAUUGAGAAAGGUGCUGCUCCUGUUCCUUUGAGUUUUAACAGCACAAUUGAUAUUCAAUGUACUAUUGACAUCAUGGAUCAUCUUCUUGCCUGUGAGGCGACAUGGCAUAAGGGUCAUUCACUUGCACAAACUGUUUUCUCUUGUAUCUACCUUUUGAGACCUGAUAGAAUAUCUUCGCAUGCUUUACUACAUUCUUAUUGCAUGGUCGUACGAGUGACUUGCAAUGCUGUUGUUUCAGCAGUUUCAGAUGCUCGGACAAAUGAAGAAGAAGAUCUUUUUACUAUGACAUAUGGUCUUCCUUUGAAGGGUGAAGGAGAUGAAAAAUGUUUGUCCAUUCUACAUGCUGUAGACGAGACAAUUUCUCGCCAACUGCGGGCUUCUAAAGCUCCAUCCACGAAAAGAAGAGUUCUAGAAGAUAUAGAACCAUUACAGACUAAUGCUGAUCUUGAAGGAGGAUUGUGCAAAGCUGUAUUGUGCCGCUUACGUUUUCGUAAGCACUUCUAUCAUGUCCUGACAUGUAUGCGGCGGCCACAAGGCAAAGGUUUGGAGUUGGCAAGGAAACAUAUCACUUCCUGCUUGUCAGAGCUAGAUUCUAUGCUUAAACUAGAAGAAUUCCUGAAGUGUAAGAGUAUAUGCAGAACUGUCAAAGAUGCAACUGACGAUGAAACAACUGCUUCUGGUUGUCAACCUAUUGGGUUUGAUUCUUCCUUGAACAGUAGAUUAUCAGCACCUACUCCUCCUCGUGCCAUUAAACUACUAAGCUGGAGAAAGGCUGUCGAUUAUUUUAAGAAGCUUCUACAUGAUCUUGAAGUUAUUUGUUCCUACACCUUGGACCCUGUGCUUGAAGUGGUUUUGCGCUUUGUUGUUGGGUUUCAAAAGCUUCAUCCUGAUUUGGUUGCUAGAGCUUGUCUCCAGCUUUUGCUUGUUCAAGAAGGAAAACUCUAUGGACGUGAUCCUGUGUUUGCCAUGAUUUGUAAAGCUUCUUUAUUACCUGAUACAGUGAAGAACCAUGACUUACAAAAGAAUGAAACCAUUGUACAACUUGGGCAGUUGCUAACCAACUUGCUUAGAAUUCUGUGUACCAACUCCGCAUGGCAAAGACGUAAGCUCGGCAAAAUAUUACAAGAGUGGCGAAUUGUCCAUGCACAGCUAGAACUGGCUUUCAGAAAGGAGUAUGGGGACAUAUCAAACACUUCUAAUGAGGAUGUGGGCAUGAAUAUUUGCAGUUACAUCCUCAUUUGGGUGGAGGAGCAAACCUACUGGAUAGCUACUCGCUUCCUCACCUUGGGCUUCGAAUUGGAGUUGUAUUCACCAUGUGACUACUGCAUGGUAUACUGGUACAUAUAUGUUAUUCUGAUCAAGCUUGCAGAAAGGACACACAUCAAAAUGAUGAGAAGCAAUGAAAAUAGUAGGCGGAAAGGAAAGAAGAAAAGAGAUUCCGUGAAGGAUGGGGCCAAGGACCACCAGAUUCCACCUGCUGUUUCACUGCUUCAGUGCCAGAUAUGUCUUGCUGAAGGUCUUGUGAUGAUGCUUGCAGCUCUGAGGAAUGAAUACAAUGCCUUCCAAAGUGUGGGUCCGUUCAACAGUGAGCAUGAGAGAUUUCUUCAGCAUUUUGAGCUCUUGCAGAAAGCUUGCAUUCCAGAUGGCGUUUCCUACGUCUCAUUCAAAGAAACUAUAAACCAUGCUAGAUUAUCUACAUCGUCUACGUACAAUUGUUUCAAGGAUGCUCAAAGAACUGCAAAGGAACUGAGGACCAGUUAUUCAAAUGAUCCAGAAAAACUGAAUGAACUCCGCAUGAUAGAGCAGGUGGCAGAACAUAAUGUUGUCGCCCUAAAUCUUGUUCGCCACUUGGGAACUCUUGACCCGUCGCUUAAGGUUUACUUUGAAUUCAGUCAUCAUCCACAUUUUGCUAGUGCUGUUGUGAAGAGAUCUUAAAUAUCAUCCCUAAUAGGUCUCUGCCAAUUUUGAUGCUCUUUAUAGUCCCACUGUAAAAUUAGAUUUUUCCCCUCUUUCAAUUGGUUUUUCUUCUCUCAUAAUUAGCUGUGAUGUAAUCUGCUUCAGAAAAAAAAAAACUGUUUUUUUCUUUUUUUCGUUCUCUGGUUUAAAAUUUGUUGCGGGCAAUGUAUCAUAGUCUUGAGGACAGGAGUUAGCUAGCUUCUAGCUUCAACAGAUAGAAGGUUAUUUUCUGAUGACAGAAUCAAGAUUUCAUGCCCUUUUGUCACAAUCACAAAAAGUGGUUCUGUUGUAAAGCAAUGUUGUUAAGUAGUCAAAUGUUCCAACUGCGCUGUUGAAAUUAGCUGUGCAUUACCGAUGUAUCAAGGAAAACAAUUCUUGUCUUUUCAUUCCGUCGUUUGAUUCAGACUUUGGUUUCGCU